ACGUAGUUGGCUUGCUAGGUUUUUGACACACUGCCGUGCACUUCAAUAACAGUUUAUAUUUCUAGUGCGGAUUUAUUAAUGAAUAGUUAUACUAUGAAACAGGCUAGACAGUUAAACCUUUUUUUUUAAAGAAAGAAAACGUUUUUGUUUAGGGCUAUUACAUCUACAUAAUGAACAUAUAAUUAUUUUUUUUUUUUCAUUAUAACAAACAUAGUACAAUAAUUCCCGAUAUUAUGGAUGAUAAAUCUUUUUUUCUUAUGGCCACACCGUGACUCAUGACGUCAGGAUGUACCUUCUGUUGACAGCCAAGACCGGAAGUAUCGCCAGUAGCCAGCCAUCUGGUUCUCAGCCCUUCGGCCCUAUCUCAGGUUAGCAUUAAUCAUUCUGUUUUUAGGAAUAUGUCAAGUACUAAUCGGAUCGUACAUGAUGCGACGGUAUGUCAUCGUGAUGUCUUAUGUGGGACGCAAGAACUUCAUUGCCAGCGCGAGCGUGCUGUCAGACCCACACGCGAACAGAAUGACCUCAGGGGACGAGAAAUACCACAUGAUGGCUCCACAGCAGAGCCACAGGCAGCAGAAGGACCUGCGGCAGAGGCUCCAUUGGUGGACGACUGUGAGAAGAUGGGCACUCUGUUCGGGGAGCUCAAUAAGUGUCUGAGGGGUCUUGGUUUCACCCAGCUUUACUUCGGAGAGAAGAUCGUGGAGCCUGUGGUCGUGCUGGUGUUUUGGUUGCUUCUCUGGUUCCUUGGUAUCCAAGCCCUUGGCCUUGUGGGAACUCUAUGCAUCGUUAUCAUUUACAUCCAGAAAUAGCAAAUGUUAAAUGACGGACCGACAGAUGAAGGUGCAUUUGCCACUCACAGCCUGUGCCAGUGAAAGAGAGAAGAGACUUCUUUCUACAAAACGUGAAUGCCACUUGAACGUAUUACCCGAACUGUAUACUACUGUAUAUGCCGUUUGCCUUCUUUUUAUGUGGGUAUGUUCAAGAGAGUGAGUUAUUAAAGAUAAUCAGAGGAUUUGUUUUAACUACUGGAAUGAUGAUUCCUCCAGAACUGUGCAUUAUCUAUGAAAGGUAUUUGUGAAAAGCAUGCUUCCCUUCAAUAUUUGCAUAGACAAAAUGGGUGCAUAUUGAUAUAUUGUCUAUAAUUAGUUUUAAAGUAAAGUACAGGAUGAGGAGCAUAAAUAUAACCGGAUUUUAAUGACAGUUGUACAUGACAGUCAUUAAAAUGACCAUGGUACUUUUGUUGAAUGUAUUACUCUUAUUUGCCCAGGUGUCAGUCCUGCAUUCUCCACAAUUGCACUAGAGGGCAACCUUACUCAUUCUCCCCUUUUGGAAAUAUACCAGGGAAUAAUAAUCCUUCUGCGUUCACUUGAAUGUGUUAAUACUACUGCAUGUGAAUGUUCUGGGGCUGCUGGGAUAUUUUUGGGUUUCCUCUGACAGGAUGAAUUAAAUCAAAUGCUCCAAAAGUCUGAGCAGAGGAAGACUCCGUAUUAAAACCAAACCGCUCGUGAGAAAAGACCUACAGUACUUUAUGCACUGUAUAUUCCAAUUUGGUAUUCUUAUUAGUUAAUUUUACUUUAAUCUGCUCAUGUUCAUUUCAAAAAUCAAUGUUACAAUAUCUGUAUCAAUGAAAUCAAAGGAAAAAUAUUUAGUAUGCAAGUUUUGCUACAAUAGAAUGUUUUGUAUGACCCAUAUUCAGGAUGAGAAGUAUGAAAAGGCCUGUUUUUAUUGUACUUAUGUUUUUUUUUUUUUUCUUACAUUUGAAGAUUAUUGAAUGAACUCUAACUUUUUAAGCAAAGCUGCUCUUUUUAUGUAACUGUGAACAUCUUUGCAAGAUGACAUCACUUCAUAUUCCUGAAAAUCUUGUUUGAAUAUGAUUAUUUUUGGUACUUUAUUAGGCAAGUAACAUUACAAUUCAUAAUUGCAGAUACAAUGCCAAAACUUUGCUCUUAUGUAUCUGAUUCUGUUCAGUGUUAAUCUGCAUCUUCUGUGCCAUCAUUUUAUUUCACCUACAUAUCAUUUACUGUAUGCCACAAUGCUGUAUUUUUGGGUUCGUUGUGGGUUGUGAGAAAUCCUUUGAUUAAUUUAUUUGGAAAGAAUUGCUUUUUAUAUUUCACAUCUUUCUGCAAUGUAAGGGAACUUUAAAACUGGGUUAUCAUAAUAAAAAUUAUCAUGGUUUAAAAUAA